GCUAAGAAAACCGUUCUGAUUUUUGGGAACAAAUAAUCAUGAAAACCGGAACAGUCGUCAAGCUGGAUUUUGUGACAUUGUUCUCAUUUUUGUGAUUUGUUGCACCGCAUUUUCGUGAUUUUUUAUCUUGAUUCAAAGAACAAAGUUCAUGUCUGUUUCAUUCCGCCAUAAAAUUCUUUACGAACUAGAAUGUGGGAACAGUGUUCUAGAUUCUGUGACUUUGAAAUCCAAUACACGUGAUUUUGUUCCCGAUACCGUGAACUAUGUUCACGGCAAUCUGUCGCUGUCACUUUCUGUAACGCAUGAACGAAGAAAAAAUAAAAAAAAAUCGCAUCGCACGUCAACAGACUGGACUGGUAAGUAAAUUUUUCUCAAUUUUUCGAUUUAAUUACAAAUUUUAUUGAUACAUUUUGCAUCAUUCAAUCAUAAAAAUGUUUAUUUACAGAUUUAAAGAUGUUUACGAAGCAACAAAUCAUUGCUGCUUUGCUGGAGAUGCAACCUGGGGAGAUGCCGGCCGCCGUCGAUCCAAUUGCAUCGUCAGAAGAAAUUGUUCACUCCAUCUCCGGAGCAGCAGCAGGUUGCCAGGCCACACAUAUUUUCUCUUCUCCGGUCAUCAUUGAACAAGCCUCUAAACAUGCGAAUAAAACCAUUGAAGAGAAGAGCGGAUUGGAAGAACCGGAGGUUCGCUACGUUUUGGUCGAGGAAGCUGCACCACGGCAAAAGGCGAUGGAAGGCGAUCUGGGAGAGUUUCUUCGAUCGCAUGACCUGGAAGCGUACACCAACGUUCUUGAAAAUGACCACGGCAUCACCGAUGUGCAAACGUUUACAGAGAUGGAGAAAGAGGAUAUUAACUUGUUUUGCCAGGUGAUCAGUCACCGGAUCCGCUUCAGGAAGCUGCUGGCUGAGCUGAAAGGUAACUCCGUAAAUGUGUCAAAACAAGGAAGUUCUUCGCUGUUGAACGACGCUGGACCACCAAAGGUUUGUCUAGGUUUUUAUUAUAAAAAGCUAGGGAAAAGUGCCAUGAUACUAGUGUGACCAGCAAAGUAAAUGAGUACCCAAUUCGGUUUUUGAUGGUAAGAAGUUGUUCUGUUCUUCUAUUUUUCUUCACGCCGUAUAAUCCCGGCAGUAUACUCGAGUUUCCACUGAACGAGCACAAAAUUGCUUAAAAUUGUAAAAAUGCAACGAGAAAAUAUACAUCAUUGUACUUUCUAGGGUACAGUAGACGUUCGGUCGCUGCAAACGGUUUAACUGUGAUGCUUUUUAACUGCAAGUCCGGUAAGUGCAACAAAUUUGUAGUUAUCGCACCGCUAUCCGUCAAAACGGUGCGCCAAGUUAGCCCAAAUGAACAGUCGAAUGAAUUUUGCAUUCAUUUAACGUCAAUUGAUGGGUUGUUGACGCCUGUCUAACGUUGCAGUUAUCGAAUUUUGUUCGCUUAGUGAAACGUAAACAUGUCGCAGUUAUCGAACGUCUACUGUACACCCAAACUUCCAUUUAGGGUAACAGGCCGGAAGUACGCAACUUUACCUAAAUAUUUUUUCACUAAAUGGAAUAAUAAGUAUUAGAACGGAUUUCAAGUUUGCAGGGAGCUUUUAGCAGGGUAAGUGGCUAGGGAAUUUAUUAUUAUUAGCUCUUUAUUAGGGGGAUGGGGAAAUUCAGCCCAAGGCUGGUUCAUCACCGGGCUAGGAGAUUUUGAGGUGAUACCUUGCGGGCACAUGCAAACAGAUGUAACACUUCGAACACUGCUUCAAACCUUCUUUUUUGAAAACAUCAUGGAAGCAUAUUUGCACAAUGAUAAAAAUAUUAAGUUUGGUCAAUCAUUGGCCGGGUAGCAGAAGUGUGCAAAUGUCAAGCUCGAAAAAAGGCGCACUUUUUCGAGCGCCACGAGAGGACUGUCAGCCAACCAUCAAACUAUCAAAUUGAUCAUUACAUCGGGGUAUGAAGUGAAUAGUUUAGGUUUAUAGUGUUGAAGGGGCCGUUCAAAUGCGUUUUAGGGUGCUUCAGGUGCAUUCAGGAAUUGGAGUUUCAGAGGAAUUACAAGACGUUUCAAAACGUAUCAAGGAUUUCCGGAAAGUUUAGGGAGUUUCAGGAGGACUCCAUGAACUUUCAAGAUAGCUUCCUGGAGACUUACGAUAAGUUUAAAGGCAAUUCAGUGAGCUUUCGAGGGUUUGGGUCUCCAAUCUAAACAGUCAUUGCACUAAUUACUUGACCGAGUGUAAUUGCAAGCAGCUUGGUGAAUAUCAACUUCAAAUGCUCACUAGCUUUGUUUGUAGAUCCAAUACAAGUACUCAAGGUAGUACUUGGAUACCCUUAGACAGUUCAAUAAGAUCCCUAUGCCUAUCUUCUACAUUCAACUUAAACUCGUCUUAACUUCGUUCAACUCCCCUGCUUCCCUUUUCUGUUAAUGUUUCCAAACCCAAUCUCAAUGUUAUAUCAAUACCAUUUGUCAGAAUGAAUUCUAUCAAAGAGUUCAGUGUAGCCGGACUUCUUAGGGACCGUCCAUAAAACACGUAGCAUUUUAGGGGGAUAGGGGAGUCCCUGAAAUUGCUACGAAACGGUAUGAGAAAAUAUGCUACGACGGGGGAGGGGGUGUUGAAAAUUUGGCCAAAAACGCUACGUCAUUUGUAGAUGCUCCCUUGCUGACAUUCUAAAUUUAUAUUCUUUGCUGGCCACUCUAGGUAAAAUACCAUAUUUGAAUCUUUGCACGUUUUCCAUUACAAAUGCUUGAAUUCUAAAUCCAAUUGAGCAUGUUACUGUACACUAUUUACCAGAUAUUGUAAUAAAACGUUUUAACCACAUAUCUUGGGGAAAACACUCGAAAAAAAAAAACUUUGAUUCAUUGUACAGUUUAGCAGCCUUCGCGACUUUCUUCAAAACCGCCCAGAAGGACGUUCUAUUUUGACCCACUAUGAGAAGCACGGAGAGCUGUCUAACUCGAUGAGGAACGAACUCGUACGUCUCAUUUUACUCGAAGGGUUGAAUCUAAAACUAACGCUGGACAGCAAAUUCCAUUCACUGAUGACCGGAAAGAUCGUUGAGCUAUUUCCCGGAGAAAAGCAGGUAAGGCGAUGCAUUUGUAGGCAAUGUUGUUAAAUGUGACGUAAAUGUGCUGUAUUUAGGAGACAUAUUAUCGAGCAAGUUAUUUUGAUGGAGAGGGUAACCGCCAACCGCCAUGCGGGAAGUUCAUAAAACGGAAAAGCGUAGAGCUCAAAGCACUCGGGCUACGAGGUCCUAAGGUUGGAGUUCAGCCGGACGCCUUACAUAACGUGCCAGGAACAUCUAGUAUACAAAGUACCACGAAUGAGGUCCCAGACGUUGAAGCACAGGCCCAAGCGCAAAAUUGGCUGAUUCACGGACGUAGCCCGAUCGAGGAGGUGCGGAGGCAGUGGGACCUAUGCUUCGAGAAAAGAAAACAAGACUUCCAAAAGGAAAAGGACCUAUCAACAAUUUUUCAAAUGUAUCCGAUAAUUCAGGAUCCCAAAGGGGGCGUUUUGGUAAUAUUGUCCACUAAAGAUGCUUGUUAACUUACUUUCAUUACAUUACAUUUUAGAUUUGUUCAGAUUUCGAACGUCUUCAUCCGGAAGCAGAGAGGAAGUUUUAUUUGCGCUUCCCAUCACUUCAUCAGAAGCUUCGGAAGCACAUUGAGAAGGUUGGUGAAACAAAAGCACACGAAAGCAUUUACAAUGAGUAUAUGGGUGCGACUGAAGGAGAAUACAAAAACCUUCUGUUGUGCAGUUUUCUACCUUUAAUUCUGCAAACGAACUAUCGAGUUAAAGGCAAGUGGCGGCCGUCUGUCAAGGAAGCUCAAAUGAGCUUCAUUCUAGAAGUGCAGGUAAGAUAUGGCUGUGGUUCCUUCACAAUAGUAUUGUGGAUUCACCGGCUACUUGUAUUCCAUCGGUCACUUCAGUAGGGCCGGUGGUAUACAAAAUAGCCGUUUCAUAAAAAGAGAAACUUAAACAUACGCUUUAACAUUUUUAGUAAAUGCGCUAUUCCUCACCGGUCACUCAAUAACAUACAAAAAAAACUGAAGAUACUUUGAUCUAUACUCUACAUGUGUACGAAAACCAAAUUUUGAAAACAUUGCUUCGUUAUUUAAUUAAAAAAAAUCAUUAACCAAAAAAUGAAGAAAUGCAUCCAGUUUCGCCUUACGUGGAAUACAAGUAGCCGGUAAAUUCACAAUAGUAAAAGUAGCCAGUAAAUGCUGAUGAAUUCUAGAUAAAUAUGAAAACUUUGAUGUAAAAUUUACUCUUAUCGCAACCAUUACGUAAAUACAUUUUGUUCCAGACCCCUUCAGAAGUUCGGCGUAAAAUUAACGAAAGGAUUCAGUAUCUAGAUCAGCAUUACGAAAGCGUUUCUUUACAACCACAAAUUGUAAUGGUUGAUUCUCCGAAGGAAUCGCCCGGAUUUUUUGUUGUUUUUGGUGGUGCGGAAUACAAAGCGGAUAACAUAUUACACGCCAUAUGUUUGUGUCUGCAAGUGUCAUUCGUUCUGAACUUGGAAUAUGCCCAAGAUUGCAAACCCGUUUGGAUGUUUAUCCAGUCGUAUUUGUUUGGCAUUUACGCCUCAGUUCUGGAAAUGCCGAAGGUGACAAGAGAUUUGAUUAAAAGCAUUUCUGAUUAGAACGAAAGUUUUUGUCAAAACGGUAUGUUUCCUUGUCUCAUGAUUUUAAACCUCAAGACAUUUUGUUUGAAUGUAAAAUGUAUUUUUUUUUAACAACACUGUUUAAUGUUAAAACGUUAAAAGCACUAAAAUAAAUAAAAGAAAACUGAAUAUUUUGUUUUUGUUCAGAAGUUUAUCUGUAACUAAGGGACGCUGCAAAA